GCCGUUUCCGUCCGCGCCACGGCGAAAGAAAUCAUCGCCACCGAUAAGUCCCCGGCCGCCCUCGGCCCGUACAACCAAGCCGUCAAGGUCGGCAACACGGUGUACGUCAGCGGUCAAAUCGGCCUGACGCCCGCCAUGGAGUUCGCCGGCGAAACGAUCGAGGAGCAAACGGAGCAAGUGAUGAAGAACUUGGGCGAGGUGCUCGCGGCGGCGGGCGCGACGUACGCCGACGUCGUCAAGACCACCAUCAUGAUCGCCGACAUGGACGAUUUCAAGACGGUGAACGGUAUUUACGGCUCGAGGUUCCCCGAAAACGCCCCCGCGCGCGCGACGUUGGCGGCGAAGACGCUUCCGCUCGGCGCGCUCGUGGAGAUCGACGCCGUCGCCAUCAUC